AUGAAAUUCAUCAAAGGAAAAUGCAAACCCUUGGACCUUGAGAACAAUCAUCCCAGGCAGCAGUACCAGCUAGAGGCCAACCAGCUGGAAAGCAACUUUGCAGAAAGAGACCUAGGGAUUGGUACUGAUGUUGCUUGUCUGUGUACUGCUUUCAUCUUUCAGGUUGCAUCUUUUCAAGGAGUGGCUCUUCGCAGCCUAUGCACAUCCUCCCCUCAUGAACACCCAGAACAUGGAAGAUUAGUUUAUAAAGGAAAUUUGGCAAAGGCAGUGUUAGGUGUGAGGUUUUUCUCUUACUCCACCAGCAUAUUCAACCUGUUCACGAUGCCCUACAUCAUGCUCAAAACUGGUAUUGGAUUUGAAAGUCUACUUAUGCAAGUUGCCUUUUAUGGGUUGAUUGGGUUUUUUACAUUUGUAACACCGGUUACUUUGCAUGUCCUUACAAAAGGCUAUGUGAUUCGACUCUAUUAUAAAGAUGAAAUGGACACGUAUACAGCCAUUACGUACAAUGCGGUCUUGGCAGAAAAAGCGACUGUUUUCCAUCAGAAAGAUGUAAAGAUUCCAGACAUCACCAAGAUGUUUACAACAUUUUAUGCUAAAACAAAAUCAAUGCUUGUUAAUCCAACACUCUUCCCAAAUCCUCAGGAUUACAACCAUCUCAUGGGCUAUGACAAAUUCUUUAAUUUUAACCUCGAGGAGGAAAACGAAGCUGGUGAAAGAAAAUGAUUUGAAGAUAAUGAAUGUCACCAUCAUUGUUCAUGGUGCAGUGCUAUAUAUGUGAAAGAAUGUAAAAUUCUAUUACACUUUCUUAGCAUCAGAUAGCUAGAGUUCCCCAAAUGGAUUUUGGAAUGUAUUAAAAAACCCACUGUUUUUUUUUAACCUUUUAAACAAUGUGAGGGUUUCUUCAGAGUUAAUGACACAAAUAUAUAAA